AUGGAGCGCGCCCCGGGAGCCGGCUCCAGCCCCGGCCCGCAGGACCGGCCCCCCGCCCCCGCCGCGCCCCCCGGCCAGCGCCCCGCCGCGCCCCCCGAGCCGGCCCCGAGCCCCGGGGAGCCGCCGGCCGGCCCGGGCGCGGCGGGCGAGGCGCUGGCGGCGCUGACGGCGUUCGGGCGGCGGCUGCUGGUGCUGGUGCCGGUGUACCUGGCGGGGGCCCUGGGGCUCAGCGUGGGCUUCGUGCUGGUCGGCCUCGCCCUCUACCUGGGCUGGCGCCGCGUCCGCGACGGCAAGGAACGGAGGCUCCGCGUGGCGCGGCUGCUGCUGGACGACGAGGAGCGGCUCACGGCCCAGACGCUGUACCUGAGCCACCGGGAGCUGCCCGCCUGGGUCAGCUUCCCAGAUGUGGAAAAGGUGGAAUGGCUAAAUAAGAUUGUGGCCCAGGUCUGGCCCUUCCUCGGGCAGUACAUGGAGAAGCUUCUGGCUGAGACGGUGGCCCCCGCUGUGCGAGGAUCUAACCCCCAUUUACAGACAUUCACAUUCACCCGAGUGGAACUGGGUGAAAAGCCCUUGCGCAUCCUAGGAGUGAAAGUCCACCCGGGUCAGAACAAACAGCAGAUCCUGCUGGACAUGAACAUCAGCUACGUAGGCGACAUACAGAUUGACGUGGAAGUGAAGAAAUAUUUCUGCAAAGCCGGGAUCAAGGGCAUGCAGCUGCACGGUGUCUUGCGGGUGAUUCUGGAGCCGCUCAUAGGAGACAUUCCUAUCGUGGGGGCUGUGUCCAUGUUCUUUAUUCGACGCCCGACCCUCGAUAUCAACUGGACGGGGAUGACCAACCUGCUGGAUAUCCCAGGACUCAGCUCGCUCUCUGACACCAUGAUCAUGGACUCCAUCUCUGCCUUCCUGGUGCUGCCCAACCGCCUCUUGGUGCCCCUGGUGCCUGACCUCCACGAUGUGGCCCAGUUGCGCUCCCCUCUUCCCCGGGGCAUUAUCAGGAUUCACCUGCUGGCUGCUCGAGGAUUAAGCUCCAAGGACAAAUAUGUGAAGGGCCUGAUCGAGGGCAAGUCAGACCCCUAUGCCAUUGUGCGAGUGGGCACCCAGACGUUCUGUAGUCGUGUCAUCGAUGAGGAACUCAACCCCCAGUGGGGAGAGACCUACGAGGUGAUAGUGCACGAGGUCCCAGGCCAGGAGGUGGAGGUGGAGGUGUUUGACAAGGACCCAGACAAAGAUGACUUUCUGGGCAGGAUGAAGCUGGAUGUGGGGAAGGUGCUGCAGGCUGGAGUCCUGGAUGAGUGGUUCCCUCUGCAAGGCGGGCAAGGCCAAGUCCACCUGAAGCUGGAAUGGCUGUCACUGUUGCCAGAUGCAGACAAACUGGAGCAGGUCCUGCAGUGGAACCGAGGCGUCUCCUCCCGGCCGGAGCCCCCGUCAGCUGCCAUCUUGGUUGUCUAUCUGGAUCGGGCCCAGGAUCUCCCUCUGAAGAAGGGGAACAAGGAGCCCAACCCCAUGGUACAACUGUCCGUUCAGGACGUGACCCGGGAGAGCAAGGCUGUCUACAACACCAACAGCCCCGUGUGGGAGGAGGCCUUCCGGUUCUUCCUGCAGGACCCUCAGCGCCAGGAGCUCGAUGUGCAGGUGAAGGACGACUCCAGGGCCGUGACGCUGGGGGCGCUGACCCUGCCCCUGGCCCGCCUGCUGACGGCCUCCGAGCUCACCCUGGACCAGUGGUUCCAGCUCAGCGGCUCCGGUCCAGGCUCCAGGCUCUACAUGAAAGUGGUUAUGAGGAUCUUGUACUUGGACUCGUCAGAAGUGCGCUUCCCCGCGGCCACCGGUGCCUCCGACCCGGACCGCGAGAGCCCCCAGCCCGGCAGCAGCGUGGACGCCCCGCCGCGGCCCCGGCACACCACUCCCGACAGCCACUUCGGGGCCGAGAACGUUCUCCGGAUCCACGUGCUGGAGGCCCAGGACCUGAUCGCCAAAGACCGUUUCCUGGGCGGGCUGGUGAAGGGCAAGUCCGACCCCUACGUCAAACUGAAGCUGGCAGGCCGGAGCCUGCGGAGCCGCGUGGUGCGGGAGGACCUCAACCCCCGCUGGAACGAGGUGUUUGAGGUGAUCGUCACGUCGAUCCCAGGCCAGGAGCUCGGGGUGGAGGUUUUUGACAAGGACCUGGACAAGGACGACUUCCUGGGCAGGUGUAAAGUGAGCCUCACCGCGGUCCUCAACAGCGGCUUCCUUGAUGAGUGGCUGACCCUGGAGGACGUCCCGUCUGGCCGCCUGCACCUGCGCCUGGAGCGUCUGACCCCCCGCCCCGCCGCUGCUGAGCUGGAGGAGGUGCUGCAGGUGAACAGUCUGAUCCAGACGCAGAAGAGCGGAGAGCUGGCAGCCGCCCUGCUGUCCGUCUACCUGGAGCGGGCAGAGGACCUUCCGCUCCGAAAAGGUACCAAGCCUCCCAGCCCUUAUGCUACUCUCACCGUGGGAGAAGCCUCUCAUAAAACUAAGACUGUUCCCCAGACGGCAGCCCCCAUCUGGGACGAGUGUGCCUCCUUCCUCAUCAGGAAACCGAACACGGAGAGCCUGGAGGUGCAGAUCCUGGUGUCCCAGCACUCGGGAGUGGAAGCCCACAGCCACAGCCACAGCUCCUCUUCCGUGAGCGAGGAGCUGGAGUCCUGGGGGGGCCUGCCUCACGCCACCUCCUCGGCCCCGGAGCUCCGGCAGCGCCUCACCCACGGGGACAGCCCCGCGGAGGCGCCGGCCGGGCCGCUGGGCCAGGUGAAGCUCACCGUGUGGUACUACAGCGAAGACCGGAAGCUGAUCGGCAUCGUUCACAGCUGCCGGUCCCUUCGGCAGAACGGACGGGACCCCCCCGACCCCUACGUGUCGCUGCUGCUGCACCCGGACAAGAGCCGCGGCUCCAAGAGGAAGACCUCGCAGAAGAGGUGGACCCUCAAUCCCGAGUUCAACGAGCGGUUCGAGUGGGAGCUGCCCCUGGAGGAGGCCCUGCGGCGGAAGCUGGAGGUCUCGGUGAAGUCCAGCUCGUCCUUCAUGUCCAGGGAGCGGGAGCUGCUGGGAAAGGUGCAGCUGGACCUCGCGGAGACAGACCUGUCCCAGGGUGCGGCCCAGUGGUACGACCUGACGGAUGACAAGGACAAAGGCAGCUCCUAG